AUGGCCAACGUGGAUGCCCAAGAUGAAGAAGCGGAAGAAGUGCCAUGCCUUUUGCUGAACUGUUCUCGAACCAUGAUGGUCCGAGUCCAAAUCCACCAAAUCUUGAGUGUCGAUCUUCAUGAGGAGACCUUCACGUUGGAGUUUGAUGCCUUUUUCAGGUGGCAAGACCCGCGGCUCAGGAACUGGCAGACUCGACUUUGGUUGCCUGAAAGCAGCACAUUGAAAGGCCAAAAGACCUGCAAAAGCCAUGGUCGUUGCCUUUGCAAGCGAGGCAGAGGUGUUUGCAGUGGUUUGCCCUUCGUGGAAGGAAUCUUUAGGGAGGCCAAGGACAGCUACAUCAAAGUCGAUGGCUGUGAUGAAGAAAUGGUGGACGCGUACAUUGCGAAAGAAGAGCCAAACUUUGAAGAUUUCGGCAAUGUCUUUGGUGAGAAGAGCAGCCUCGUGAGUUUUAGCAAGCUUAUGGAGGAACCUCUUGUGCUCACCGAGCACCAGCGGUUGACCAAUGGAACUGUGGGGGAGGUGAUCCUAUUCCGCAAGAUGCGUGCUACCUUCAAGGAGAAUAUGGAGCUCAAGCAUUUUCCGUUGGAUCGCCAGCUGCUCCAAUUCGCCAUCACAGCAAGCGUGCCUUCUUCCAUCAUGGUCUUAGAGGUCGACGAGAAGUUCAAAUCAAUCUGCCGCGUCGACCAAAUUGCAGAAUAUGUCGUUGACAAGGAACAGCAGAAGGAGAGCACUUUGACAAAGAAAAAGACGACUGGAAAUGCUGCUGGCAAAGAGUACUCACAGCUCAAGGCAACUGUUCACCUUGAGCGGAAGCCAGGCAAAUACUUUGUCAACAUUGUUGUGAUGCUCUAUCUCCUCAUAUUUGCUUCUUUCGGCACCUUUAUGAUUGACGUCGAUAGCCCGGGAGAUCGUAUCUCCAUCAUCAUCACGUUCGUCCUGACGAUUAUGGCAUUGAAAUACGUGAUUAACGAUCAACUUCCUGGGAAGGACUACCAGACGUGGCUUGAUCUCUACUUGCUUUCUUCCUACAUUUUUCUCAUCGUUCCAGCUGUCGAGCUGCUGAUCUUGAAGGCUGUGUGUCCAAGCUCAGACUUUCAAGAAGUGGAAUCAGCGCAUGACAAGGUCCAGUUUCUUGAUAUGAUGUUUGCCUACAUCCUGUUUGGUGUAUGGAACGCCUUUCACAUUGUGCUGCUUGUUCUGUACUCGUGCAAUUCUACUUGCCUUCAUCAAGAUUGGGAAGAGGUGCGGAAGCAACAAGAUGACAAGGAGUGUGACAGCUGCUGGCUCACAGAAUCUGGUGGCUGCGAGCGGGUGCUCUUCGAGACUGCGCUCUCGUUGUGGCAGAUGUGUGAUGGAUUGGACUACAGGGUGUUCAGUUGCGCGGAUUCGGACAAUGAGAGCAGCAGUUCAACCUGA